GCCAGAAGAAAAGCAGAAGAAGGAAGAGGAAAAAGAGAAGAAAAAAGAGAAGGGAAAGAGCAAAGGAAAGGAGGAGGAGGAGAAGGAAGUGAAAGAAGUGAAAGGGCCAAGUGAGGAGCAGGUGAAAGCACCGAUUGCUGCUCCUGAGCCUGAGCUUAAAACUGAACCAGACAUUGAACAGGCUGCUGAUCAGCACUCAAUAAGCAGCACAGAGGCGCAGCCAGCCCAAGAGGAACACAAGGAAGAGGCUGUGAUAAAGGAGCCUGAAAUAGAAGAAGUAGAAGAAGUGAAAAAGGAGGACACGGAGGAAAAAGUGGAAGAACCUGCAGAAAAGGAAGAGGCGAUCAAAGGAGAGGAAACGGCAAAAGAGCAGGCAAAGAAAGAGAAGCCCGUCAAAGAAAAGACAGAAAAGAAGACUGAAGAGGCUAAAGGCUCCAAACGUCAGAAGACCAUGCAGUGCAAAGUCAGCCUACUGGACGACACUCAGUUUGAGUGUGAACUUGAUAAACAUGCCAAAGGCCAAGAACUUUUUACAAGGGUGUGUGACCACAUCAACCUGCUGGAGAAAGAUUACUUUGGCCUUGCUCAUUGGGAAACCCCAGCCAGCAAGACAUGGUUGGAACCCACCAAAGAGAUCCGGAAACAGGUGUCAGGUGCUGUUUAUGAGUUUACAUUCAACGUGAAGUUCUACCCCCCUGAUCCGGCACAGUUUAUUGAAGACCUGACCAGGUACUUUCUAUGUCUCCAGCUGAGGAAGGACAUUAUGCGUGGUGUUCUUCCCUGUUCCUUUGUCACACUGUCCCUGCUGGGCUCCUACACAGCCCAGUCAGAGCUCGGAGAGUAUGACCCUGAGCUCCAUGGAACAGACUACGUUAAAGAUUUGAACCUGGCCCCUGGACAGAGCAAAGAGCUGGAGGAAAAAGUGAUGGAUCUGCACCGCACAUACAGGUCAAUGAGUCCAGCCCAGGCCGACAGGCUGUUUCUGGAAAAUGCUAAGAAACUUGCCAUGUACGGAGUUGACCUGCACCAAGCCAAGGAUCUGGAUGGUGUUGACAUUAUGUUGGGUGUUUGCUCCAGUGGCCUGAUGGUUUACAAGGACAAGCUGAGGAUCAACCGUUUUCCUUGGCCCAAAGUGCUCAAGAUCUCUUAUAAACGGAGCAGCUUUUUUAUCAAAAUCAGACCAUCAGAGCAAGAGCAGUAUGAAAGCACCAUUGGUUUCAAACUGCCCAACUACAAAGCCUCAAAGAAGCUGUGGAAAGUUUGUGUUGAACAUCAUACCUUCUUCAGGGUUUCAACAGUGGAGCCUCCCUCUUCACGUCGCUUCCUUGUCUUGGGCUCUAAGUUCAGGUACAGCGGUCGUACUCAGGCCCAGACCCGCGAGGCGAGCUCCAUGAUUGACCGCCCAGCACCUCGCUUCACCCGAUCUGCAAGCAAGAGGCUGUCUCGUAACCUAGACGGAGCAGCUGGAGAUGAGACUCUCCAGUUGAUGCAUCUACUUUCAGAAUCAGCCAGGACUGAGGCUGAUGACUGGUCAGAGUUGAUGGUUUCUGACAGACCCCAGCCUUCUCCCGAAUUCACAGCCGGAAGGGAAUUUGAACAGAAUUUCUCUCAGUCCUGGAAGGAGGGGAAUACUUUUCACACAGAGGCUGGGGCUACUGGUUCUCAAACCAUUACCCAGACGGUCACUCAGACCUGGCAGGAGCUGGAAACUGAUGAUCAGCAGCAGAGGAGAGAGGAACGAGAAUGGUCUAGUCUUCUGGAUCGUCAAACUUCUUUUCCAGUUGUCCCACCCUUUGAUUUUGAUAAACAGCCAGUCUCCCCCAUAACCCAGUUCCAGCUUCAGGAAGAGGAGCAGGGCAAAAGUGUGGAAGAACAGCAACUAACCACUGAGGAGGCCAUCAGGGGGAUGCGGGAAACAGUGAUGUUGGUAGAGGCAGCUACAGAGGCGUAUGUUUUAGAAGGAAGACUGAGGGAAGUGAGGGACUUGGAGGAAAGGCUGCAAGAAAUGGAUCAAAUGGCAGAGAGAAUUCAGGAUGUAGUUGAGGAAGAGCUGGGGAAGGAAGUGGUAGAAAAAUUAAAAAAAGAAGAGAGAAAUUUGGAGCAGAAACAGCUAAUCCAGACCAAAGGUGUAACAAAAAAGGUGGUGAGGAAAUCUGUGAGUAGAAUAGAUACAGAAGCGGGUGAAGUGGAUGAAUUGGAAGAACAGAUAAAACAGGUGUUUUUAAAAGACUUGCUGCCUGAAGAGGAAAGUGAAAGAGAAGUGGAGGAGGAUGUAGUAGAAAGGUUAAGAGAAGAAGAGAGCGAUUUGGAGCAGAAACUGUUGAUCCAAGCCAAAGGUAUAACGAAAAUGGUGGUGAGGAAAUCAGUGAGUAGAAUAAAUACAGAAGAGGGUGGAAUGGAUGAAUUGGAAGAACAGUUAGAACAGCAGGAGAGUGAAAAAGAGCUGACGGAUGAGAGCCUGUUAGAUGAUAGCUUUAGAGAGAAACUGCGCCAAAUAGAAAAGGAGUGGCAAGAUGAGGUGGAGGAGAGGUUUGCCUCUCCAGAUGUUGCUGUAGAAGGAUACAAGAUAGUUGAGCGUAGGACUAAGAAGGUAGUGACUAUUGUACAAGAGGGGGGACAGCAGCAGGAAAAUAUGGAAGAAGUGCAGGUACUGUCUGGUGUGAUGUCAAAGGAGACGUUAGAAAAACAGGAAAUACAGCGUAAAGUGGAAGUUAUAGAGGAGAGGUCACAGAGAGAGGUUACAGAGAGGUCAGAGGGUCAGUCUCAGGUGGAAGAUGGUGAUGAUUGGUUCAUACUUUUAGACCAUCCUCCAUACAAACCACCAGUUGCUGCUGUGGAACAAGCUCGAGUGGAUAAGGAUGAUUAUUUCAAUCCUACGAAUGAAAUAAAAACACUUGAGAAAACAGAGCUUUACCUAGAGGAGAGGAAAGUACGAGAAGAGGAAGUAUGGCGUACGGCAGUGAUCCCGCAACCACAGAGCAACACUGAACGGGUUGAUGACUGGUUUGUGUUGCUGGAUGUUAUUCCCAGAGAAACGCUUUAUGUGCCACCAGUUACUUUGAUGGGCAGAACUGACAUGGAAGAGAGUAAAGAAAUAGUAACUGAAGAGAGAGAGGUAAUAGAAGAGGCCUCGAGAUACCUACAAGAAAUCCAACAGCCAGUGACAGAAAGACGUGAUGACUGGUUUGUGUUGCUGGAUGUUACUCCAAGAAAAACGCUUUAUGUACCACCAGUUACUUUGAUGGGAGAAACUGACAUGGAAGAGAGUAAAGAAAUAAUAACUGACGAGAGAGGGGUAAUAGAAGAGGCAUCGAAGUAUCUACACGAAAUCCAACAGCCAGUGACAGAAAGAGUCGAUGACUGGUUUGUGUUACUGGAUGUUCCUCCAAGAGAAACAUCAUCACCACCAGAGCAUUUUGCAGCACCCUCAGAAGAACGUGUCUCUCUGAUUGAAGGUACAGCUGUUGAGCAGAAAGAAAGAAGAGUUGACCUUUUAGUAGAAGAUGCAAAACAAAUGCUGACAGAAAAGCAAGUAGUAGCACAGACUGUAAGAGAGAGAGAUGACUGGUUUUUGCUGCUGGAUGUUCCUGUUAGAGAACCAUCGUUUGUACCACCAGUAGUUUCCAUGGCUGAGUAUGUUGAGGCUUAUCCCAAGGAGAGCAUUUCUGCUUUGACUGAAGCAGAGGCAGUCGAUUUCAGGCGGGAGCUUGUAGUUGAGGAUGCUGAGAUGGAGAAAAAGGAAGCAAAGCCUCCCAAGCAAGUUAUUCCAGAGCCGACUUCCUAUGUGCCUCUAGAUGUUCCAACUGAAGUGAAAAGUACAGAGCAGAAACUGCUUCAGAUUGACCAGAUUAGACCACAGCCUUCCCAGCCGCUGCCACAGAGGGAGGAUGACUGGUUUGUUUUGUUUGGUACUGCGCGUGAAAGUGCAGUCAUAAAACCAGCAGCUGAGAUUGUUCCAGAUAUGAAGACGACCUUUGGGGUUGAGGUGACUGAAACAUGGAAGAAGACAGUAAUUGGUGUGGAUGACAGGCAAGACAGGACAAGUCUGUCUGAAAUUAGAGCGAGCCAAAUGGCAUCAUUCUCAGAGAGAGAAGAUGAUUGGUUUGUCCUGUUUGAAAAGCCUGUGCUCGUACCACCAGUGGCAGCCCGUGAACCAAGAGUGAAGAUCAUGGAAGAUGUGAGACCACCUGUGGCGAUGGUAGAGAUUGAACCAAGAGAAGCAAGAAAAGUGGCUGAUGACUGGUUUGUGCUGCUAGAUGUAGCAGGAAAAGUCCCAGCGGCUGUGGAUGAACGUAUUCACGUGUAUCCUGAAGUAAGGCCUGCUAAAGAGUUUACAGUCAUAGAGGAAAGAGUGCAACAGAGAAUGACCGUAGUGGAGAGAAUGUGGCAGCAGGAGCAGCAGCAGGAUGUGGUGCAGCCACAUCCAGCAGUGAGAGAGGUGGAAGAUGAUUGGUUCAUUCUUCUGGAUAUGCCACCUAAGAAAUCAGUCGCUGUCCUAGAGCACGAGCGGCUCCCAGCACAGGUUACAGUUCCAGCGGCUGUGGCCACGACAAAGAUUGUCGUUUCUGAGACGAGGCCGCAGUUUGAGAAACGGCUCCUGGAAGAAAGACAACAAAUCUCACGUACACGUGUCAGUGAUAAUUGGUUUGUUCUACUAGAUGGUGAUCUCAAAGAGUCAGCUGCAAGCACGCAGAGGGGCACACGUCCAGUCAGUGCUCCGGUCUUCUCCCAAACUGCUCUGAUGGAGGCAGGAAUUCCCAUGGCCCCUAUUGACCAGCCCCAAACCUCCACUCCAAUUAAAACCAGCCGCCAGGAGGAACGAAAGCUCCAGGUCACCGUAGAAGCUGUGGAGCCUUCAAAAAUCGAAGCCGGGGCUGAUGUCAAGCCAGCAGUGUGGAGGGACCAGAGAGAAGUAGACUCAUCACUGAUAUCCACCAUGAAUGGGGACAUCCAGCACGAGUCUGAGACGACGAGCACGGAGGUGGUGCGAAUGCGAAAGAAAAGAACUAAGAAAAUUGAGGGUGACUCAAUAUAUAUCAGACAUAGCCAAUUAAUGUUGGAGGAGUUCGAUAAGCCUCAGGAGGACCUGCUCAGGCAUCAUGCCAGCAUCAGUGAGCUGAAGAGAAACUUCAUGGAGGCGGUCCCAGAGCCCAGGCUGAGUGAAUGGGACAAGCGCCUGUCCACACACUCUCCUUUCCGCACCCUGGGAAUCAACGGUCAACCUCUGCCCAGCGCAGACGGGAGUGUGUGCAUUAGUCCCCUAUGCAAUGGUUCAGUCACAGAGACUGCACACGAGGAAACCAGCAGUAGUUUGGGCUUUUCAGGCGUACCCAUUCCCACUGUGAGCAACAAGAGUGAACCUGAGCGUGUCGAAGUCCAUAAAACCCCUGUUGAGAAAGAGUCACGUGAUCAUGAGGUUGUAGCAUCUGAGACGAACUUGGUGCCAAUCGUAGAGGUGGAAAUGGCACAGCUGCCUCCUUCCUUUGAUUCCUCCUGUAAAGCUUUAGAUGUGAUCCUGGAAGAAGGAGGAUCGUGUCCCGGACUGUCAGAGGACUCUGGGAGGAUAGUUGGAUCUUCCCCAGCUUCCUAUUUCUGGAGUGAUGGUCCACAGGUCAUACGCUGUUUCCAGCCCCCUCUGGUGCAGACGCAGACUGUCACCAUCACAGCUGUCUCCAGCCCCUUACCCAGUGGCAUCUCCACCACAGAAGUCCCUGUCGUCCCAACUAAGACCUUCACCUAUGAGUCGUCAAAGGUGACAGUUGAUGGGACAGAUGAGGACAAAGAUUGCUCAACAGGGUCCAGUUCGCAGACCAUUACCUCAGAGAUCACCAGUGGUACCUCAGUCACUACUACUACCACUCACAUCUCAAAGGUGGUAAGAAGUGGAUCUUCAGAGACUCGUGUGGAGAAGAGAAUCGUCAUAACUGCAGACUCUGACAUUGACCAAGAUAAGGAGAAGCAUGGCGGAGCAUCAGCAUUGUAACUGAACCACAAUCCUCCUUGUUCCUUUGGCUCAACGCCUCCGACAUCCCCAGCACUUGCCACGCUGUAUUUGCGCACACAUAUCUUAAAAAAACAAAACAGGACAACCCCCGCCCCUUCAGUAUAACUCUGCAGCUAAAAUGAUUGAUAACAGCGUAGAUUAAUUCUUAGUAGUAUCUGUGUUCAGUUUUUCUUUCCAGGUGAGCUGUUCGUUGUAGGUAGUGCUGCACAGUCCUCGGAUCAGAUCAAAUGCUUGUGUCAUCCUGGUGUUGUAAAAACCUAGCGAGUACACUUUUAUUGGCUAAAUCCCACCAUUUGCAGUUGUGUGAUCUCAAGUUCCAUUUGCUUUUAUAUGCUUUCAUUCUCCUAGUGGUUUUUACAUUGAUUUUCUACAAAUUUACUGUUUCCAGUGUAGUUUAGAUGACAUCAUCAGCAUUUAUUCCCAUGGUGCUGCUAGGGGAACGUUAAGACCACAUUCAAGGGAACUCUUUUUUUUGUUGUUGUUGUUUCUUUGUCUAUUUAAUUCAGGUGAGACACUUUUUUUUUUUUAAUGAAAUGACAUACCUCACAUUAUUAUGUGAACAAAGAUAUUUUCUGCUCAGAUUUGGACAGUUUGUUUGGCUUUGUUCACUGCUCAGGUACAAAAAAAAAAAAAAAGAUUAAAACUUAAAUCUUUUCUUCCCCAACCAGCCAAGAACCAGUAGCCUACAUAUUCUUGUAAAGUUUGAAUAAAAAAAUUGAUCUAUUUUGAAAUAUUUCUCUAUUUUAUAGAAGUAAUGCUUUUUAUAGUAUUUGUACAAAUGUGAGGUUUUUAAGUUAUUCAUAUCUGCUCAUGAAAUUGUAGGUUACCAUUGUGCUGUUUACUGAAUUUUGAGGUCUCUCUUUAAGACUCGUCUUGCCUGACACCCUGAAUCAUUCUUAUUCGUUUCCUCUUGUAGUCCACCAAGUUUCUCUCUACUUUUCACAACUCACAGAUGACAGCAGAGCGCUGCUCAGCUCUGUUUUGUUCAGUCAUAGAAUUCAUACUUGCUUUGAACAUAUUUGGUUGAUAUGAAGAUUUUAACAGGUUUUUUUGGUCUGUUUAUCUCAGGUUUUGAUAUUCUAAGACUACAGACCUCUGUAUGAUUGUAUGAAGAAUGUCCAUGUAUUUAUUAUCCACCUCUAUUGUAAAUGUACAUGUAUGUUCAGUCAAGUGAGGUCAAUAAAUAGAAAGGCUUGUCUGUCACAAUAGCCACGCACGUAAGAGAUGAAGGCAGCUGCCUGAUAAUUGUGGCUUUUCCUCUCACAGGAACAUAAGUUGUCUUUUUUCUACAUGUUCUACUAUACAGUAAUUUAUUUGUAAAGUAGGAACUGUUUCAUGUGAUUUGAUGUAUUGUGAUGUUUCAACACAAGCUGGUUUCCAGGCUUUCACAAUGUUGAACUCUGCAUUCAUUAUCAACCAAGUUUGUAAAGCUUUGUUUUUUUUUAACCACAUAGUCUGAGUAGGAUGCUCUCACUUGCUGUUUUCCUGUACUUUUCCAUAGAGAAGAAAAUCUAAGACUCUCUUUAGAUAGCACGUUUGGAAGCAUUUUUUUUUUAACUUUAAAAACAAAAACAACCAACCAUUGUUAUUAUAGCUAAAAAUCAACCACAUCUGCAAUUUUUCCUCAAUUAAAAAAUAGUUUCACAUUAAGAAAAAAUAGCUGUUAGACAAUGGAAAAUAAUGUUGCUUUGUGACUUAUCCCUGUCUUUUUAUGGAAAUAAAAUAAAAUAUGCAUUA